AUGUACCAUUCUGUAGCGAUUGUGCUCGCAAUUUUGUCAAGUGUCACCGGUCGGCAUUUGUUUCAAGACGAGUUCAGAAGUCCGUACUUGCUGGUAGAAGAUGGCCGCAAUGUAAGGAUCUAUAAUUUGGAAGGGAUUUUGUCCGAAGAACCACAUGCGGGGGUCCAUCUUAGUCGAGAGCGCCGCCAAGCUCAAGGCAGUCUAAGUACCAAUCCAGAUGGAUCGUCAAACUUCGCAGCAAAGGUACCACUGGCGGGUAACGAUAAGAACAUCCUCAGUGCCGUUGGUACGGUGAGCGGUGCGUCUGGUAAUGGGGGCUUCAAAGCUGCUGGUGGUGGUUUGGCAUGGGACCAUGUCAAUGGACAUGGCGCGACCCUGACCGGCCAGCACAUACCAGGCCUCGGAAACCAGAUGACCGCUGCGGGCAAAUUGAAUUUACUGCAUAACGACAAGCACGAUGUCUCAGCCAACGCUUUCGCAACGAGGACCUUCCCCAGCAACCCGAACAUCCCUUCGUUCGAUACGUACGGCGGAAAACUGGGAUACACAUAUGACAACAAAGUGGGCGCGUCACUAGGUAUGGCGCAUACUGAUCUGUUCAAGAAGACUGAUUAUUCGGCAAUGGGUAAUUUGAACCUGUUCAGAGGCCGUGACUCCUCGCUGGACCUCAACGCGGGCUUCAGCAAGUCAGUGUCGCCGUAUAUCCCAAGCAGCAGAUGGGAGCCUAGCGCUGGCCUCUCUUUUACCAAGUGGUUC